CUCCCUCCGUUCUCUCAAACUCUACCCAUCGCCUAAUUUUUCACCUAUACAUACAUUCUUUUAUAUAUAUAUCUAUCUAUUGAACUCCCGAUCAAACCAGCAGUACAAAAAUUCCGAUAUGAUUGGACCGGCGAGGCCACAAAUUGUGUUAUUUGGAUCAUCAAUUGUUCAGCUUAGUUUCAGUAAUGACGGUUGGGGCGCCAUUCUUGCUGACGUCUACUCUCGUAAGGCAGAUAUAGUGUUACGAGGGUACUAUGGCUGGAAUUCCAGACGUGCUAUCAAAGUUGUUGAUCAGAUUUUUCCAAAGGAUGCUGCUAGUCAGCCUUCACUGAUCAUUGUUUACUUUGGUGGUAAUGAUUCGAUGGGACCUCACUCAUCUGGUUUAGGUCCACAUGUUCCUCUUCCCGAAUAUAUUGAAAACAUGAGGAAAAUUGCUAGCCAUCUAAAGGGCCUUUCAGAGACAACUCGUAUAAUCUUUCUUACUUGCCCACCCGUGGAUGAGGUCAAACUUGCUGAAACUACAAGCUCAGUAUUUAGUGAACUUGUUCGAACAAAUGAGUUAUGCAAGAAGUAUUCAGAUGCCUGUGUAGAGCUGUGCAAUGAGAUGGGAAUCAAAGUUAUUGAUCUUUGGACUGAAUUUCAGAAACGAGAUAAUUGGUUGUCUUUCUUUACGGACGGCGUACAUUUAUCAGGUGAAGGAAGCAAGGUAGUUGUUGAGGAGAUACUAAAAGUGCUCAAAAACGCAGAAUGGGAACCAAGUUUACAUUGGAAAUCCAUGCCCACCGAGUUUUCUGAGGACUCACCAUACGAUUUAGUGUAUUCAGAUGGAAAAACAACUCUAAAUCCGUCUGACUGGACCUUCCACAGAGAAAUUAAAUGGGACUAGUAGAGAUCUUACUAUUUGUGCAAAAUUUGUGCUGAUGCAGAGUUGCAAGUCACGCAUUUGGCUACAAGUAAGCAAUACUUCCUAUCACAGUAACGGAGAGUUGUACCUGUGUCGUCUAAAUCUGGUUCAUUAUACUUGCAAUGAUUCUGUCACACCCUUCUAAUGCAUCUAGAACAAGUAGCAUUGGUAAUUAGAUAUCUUGUUUACAGGCAUACAUUUAAACUUGCUGUUUUUGUAUGGAAAAGUUGCACCAUAUGCUUAAGAGCUUGUAUGUUAUCCGAAUUCUGUAAUUUAUUGUACUUAGAAAACUACUUAAUGAAUA